UUUGUAUUUCGUCGUCUUUGUUUUUUUUUUUUUUUCUACACAGAAGCUAAUCAUUAGCAAUAUCGAAUGGAACUUUCAGCUAUAAAUUGUGCUGCCUGACAGCCAAGAAGCAUCACAAGCUAUUGGAGCAGCGCCCCGAGAGCUACUUAAACAUCAGCAAGAGUAACAACAAUCAACUAAUUCAACUAUCGAUAUGAAGGUCUUUGUCUGCUUGCUUGCCACUCUGGCACUGGUUAAUGCGGGACAACGCGGCGGAGCUGGCGGUGGUGGCUAUCUGCCAGGCGGUGGACGUGGCGGCGGCGGCGGCGGUGGCGGCUUCAGGAAUGGAGCUGGACUCAUCUCUCAUGUCUCACAGUUGCAUGGCAACACGAAGGUGCAAAUUGGCUCAGGCGCUAGCGCUGGAUCCUAUGGCGGUGGUGCUGGCGGUGGCGGCGGUGGCUGGCAGGGAGCAGGUGCUAGCGCUGGAGGUGGACGCGGAGGCUAUGGUGGUGCAGGCGGUGCUGGUGGCUGGCAGGGUGCUGGUGCUGGCGCUGGAGCUGGCGGCUAUGGCGGCGGUGCUGGAGCUGGAGGCUGGCAGGGAGCUGGUGCCGGUGGUGGUCGCGGCGGCGGCUACGGCGGUGGUGCUGGAGCUGGUGGCGGACGCGGCGGCUAUGGCGGCGGUGCUGGAGCUGGUGGCUGGCAGGGAGCUGGCGCAGGCGGUGCAGGCAAUGCCUGGGGCAAUCCGGCAUCGUUCGAUUAUUCAGUUAACCACGGUGCUAGCGCCUCCGUUGGUGGCGGCUCCCGCGGUGGUGCUGGUUGGUGGAACGAUUAAAAUGAUUGUUUGUACUAGAUACAGAAUAGAUAUGACAAACC